UAGUAAUGGCGGCAUAAAUUCAAAACCUUUCGCCCACGUUCAUAAAUUUCGUUGUAUUAGAGACUUUAAUCCAAAAAUGGUGGGCAAGGAUCGAUUUCUCGUCGUUGUUUCUGUGUUAGAGGGUCGCAAAUUCCCGAAGAGGCCGAAACACAAGCUGAUCGCCGAGGCAAAGUUUGAUGGGGAACUGCUUGCAACAGAUCCAGUUGAUCACAAUGAAGAACCAGACUUUACCCAAGAGAUAGCAUGGGAACUUGACAAAAAAGGUCUCUCUCAGCACAGGCUGCAGAGGAGUUCCAUCAAAGUCCAGUAUUAUGCUGUCGACGUGCAGAGCACAAUGAGAGAGGCCAUUGGUUAUGUGAUGCUUGAUCUUCGGUCAGCCACAAACACACAGACUGCAAAAUGGUAUCCUCUACUUCAUGGAAAAUAUUCCCGCUCCAAACCUGAGGUCAGACUUGGGAUCUACCUUGAUGAGGAUAAAAAUAUCCAGCCAGCUGGAUUCAAGGCUAGAGCUGCUCCAGCAAGGCCUGGUACACUUCAUGAAUCGCCUAGUACAUCUGAGAGUAUCCAUGGUGUUGACCCUAAACUGCUCAAGCCUGUUUUGAACGAAUCUGAAGGAUUCUACCAGCUUGGACCUGUGGAAAAGAGCACAGAGAACUUCAUAUUGUCUGUUACUAUUUCAUUUGCUUCCAAUUUACCACAGCUGAUCCCAGCAUCCCAACCUCUGCCAUUAUCUGGGAACGGCUACUUUUUCUACUACUCUCUCCUUGGUAAUGACAUCACAAAUGAGACAUUCUUUGAUCUUCUCAAUCCAAAUUUCCCACCAGAACGAGCUUCUGUCAAGGUCAAGAGUAACUCAGACUUUCUGCGAGCAUUUUUUGAACAACAGCCUGGAAUUCAGGUCCAUCUCUGCUGUGGAGAUCAGUCACUUGGUAGCUGUGAAGUCCCUCUAAACACAUUACUCAAAAAAGGCAGCACUGAAAUCUUCAUGAAACCUGUUUUGUUGGAAGGAGCCUUUGAGAUGGCACCACCAGCAAGAGUAAAGUCCCUACUGCCUGCCUAUCCAGAGGAGAUGAUGCCUACUGUUGGUCUGUCAGUCAUGCUAAGAAUGGAAGAGCAGUAUAUGGGUCAAGUUCCUGAAGCUAUUACUCCCACCAAAACUACACCUACAAAGGAGCCACAUAGCCCUCCGCAGAGACUGGAGAAACCAGCCGAGAAGAAAAAGAGCAAGACACCUCCCCCAGAUUCCUAUACAGAUGAAUUUGAUACAAAUACGGAAGGAACAGAAAAUGCAGUUAGCAAUAUUCCAGAGGAAUCUCAAGAAAGAAAAAAUGCUAAAGCAAAGAAGGAAAGCAAGAAAAAACAAGAAGCUCCUCGACAGUCUAGUCCAGGAUUGGGAAACCUAAAACCAGUUCCAAUUACGGAACAGGGUGGAAAUAGCCACAGCAGCUCCAACCCGCAGUAUCAGGUCCCUCCCCAGACUCAUCACUUCAACUUCUCCAUCGACCUGAAGACUAUCAAAAACCUCGACACGACCGUCCCACUCAAUGUAUUCAUGCGCUAUGUCUAUCCCUUCUUCGGAAGUUCUGCCCCUGUUAUCACACAUCCUACCAUCGAGGUUCAGAGAGGAAUGGAGGUGUCUCUACCCCAGUCGUUCUGCGCCUUUGACUUUGCAACGUCAAUGCAGCAGCUUGAGGACACGUUCCAUAGGGUGCCCCUGAUUGUGGAGGUCUACGAUAGGGACAGGGCGAAAGGACUUGACACUCUGUUGGGAGUUGCCCAGCUUCCACUACCAAACAUCAUUGAAGCUGAAAAGGCUCGAGUUGCUUGUCCAAAUGGUGCUCUAGGCUGGAGGCAGGUGUUUGGGGAUGUUGUCUCCAUAAUGGCAGCAGAUGGACAAAGUCGAAAAGUUGGCGAUUUGAGCUGUAGUAUGACUCUGGAGGACCUUGGAGCCAUCAGUUCUCGCCACGUUACAUUCCCUACAUCAGAGUCUUCAAAUGCUUACUCCCUGUCUGCCGCAACACAGCAGCAGCCACAGCCAGCACCUUCAAAGGAACCUCGUGAAACCCAGGAAUAUCAGGCUGCCCUUGAGCUGGAAAUGUGGAAAGAGGCUCAGGAAAAUCUGUUUUCGAAUAGGCUGAAAGAGAAGGAGUUCCAGCACAUGCGUGCCUUAGCUGACGAAUGGAAAAGACGGGACAGAGAAAGAGAACUUCUUGUCAAGAAGAAGAUUGCCGAGUAUACUCAACUUGAACAACAGCUGAAGAAGACGAUAAGCGAAUUUGAGAAAAGGGAACGUCUGCUUGGCUCCAAUGAGCAGGAGGUGUCUAGACUACGGGGCGAUCUUGAACGAGAACAUGAGAGGAAGAUUCUGGAGAUGAGAGAAGCAUCCAGACGAAUGAAGGAUGAUUGUGAACACCUAGUCCAGUUAGAAAGGUUGAAAGUGAAUGAUCUCCAGGAGCAGAUAUCAAGGCUUAGAUCACAGCUUGAUGAGGCUGACAAGAAGUACCAAGGGUUGGACAGAGAGUUCAUGGUCUAUCGAGAGCAGCAGAGCAGCAAGCCAGAGGUCAGGCUACAGUCGGAGAUAAACUUGCUCACAUUAGAGAAGGUCGAAUUGGAGAGAAAAAUAGACUCUGUGACAAAGUCCAAGAUCCACUACAAACAGCAAUGGGGCCGCGCCCUGAAGGAGCUGGCCAGACUCAAGCAGAAGGAACAAGACCAUGCCAAGGCUGAGCUCCUCAAGCAACAGCACGAACUGGAGCAUAUGAGGCUGCGAUAUCUUGCUGCCGAGGAGAAGGAGGUCGUCAAGACAGACAUGAAGGAGCUCGAGGAUAUAAAAAAUGAACUCAACAAAUGUCUUCAGUGUUUACAAAAUGUUACAAGAUUAAAAGAACAGGAAGCCCAACGUAAAGAUGCAGAUUCGCCAACAAAGGGUCAAACGGACCUAGAUGUCAGUUAUGAUGAUCAUAUCGCCCGGCUUAUCGAGGAACGAGACACGCUACUUCGUACCGGCGUAUACAGCAGCGAGGACCGCAUCAUUGCAGAACUGGACCGACAAAUUCGGGAGGCUAUUGCUACGAGCAAGACAAUUAACUGAGAUGAUAUCGCUCCAAGUAGGUUUCUUUGACAUCUAUGGAGCAUUUAAAAGCACUUCUGUCAAACCUUGAAUUUCCUUAACUAAUCAUGUGUUGUCAAGGGAGGAUAAAUAGUUUCAGUUGUUUUGCUGAUGGAACGUUUCUGUCUUGAGUUGGGCAAUAUAAGCACAAUGUUGGAAGUGACUGCUUUCCAUAAACUUGAGAAUAUGAGCACCACACAGCUUGAAAUGUGAUGCAGUUUUAUAUUAUUAAGUAGAUACUGACCGGUAACAAGCAUUUAAACUAAAUGAGGACAUCUUGUGAAUAACUGUGUGAUUUUUUGUGAGUUUUGCCUGUAAUUUGGCUAAGCUAUAAAGCCUAAUAUCCUUAUUCCAGGUCUCAUGCGGUUGUUGACUUUCUGAUACAUUCCAUGACUCAUAAUCAUAUCACUUCUCUGUAAAUUUGGUUUCCAAUUAUGCAUUUAUGUACAUAAAUUAAUAGCUGUGUAUAGUUUUAGUUUUCAAUUGGUAUAUCCCCCACUUUGUAGUAGAGAGGUAGAGAAGAAUGUUACUUACAACUCGGACUCGGACUGAAAUGCUAGACAGGAGGGCUGGUACCCUUCUGCAAACUAUUGCUCGAUGCAAAAUCAUGUUUUUAUUAUCAAUAUUUUUAUCGAAAUGUAAAAUUUAGAAAACCAAUAAAUUGUUAGAGAAUG